UGAGUGUCAGUGUGUGAGUGUCAGUGUGAGCUCCACAUAUAAUACGAGGGGAAGCCGGAAGAGCAGGGCCUCCAGCAGAUCCUUCAGCUGUUUUAUGAAAGAGUCUCAGUCCCCAGACAGUAACACACAGUGAGUCCUGUGACUGAGGGAAGUCUGAGACCUGCUCUGAUUCUCCUUUGCUCUAGUUCUGUGACUUGUGCAGCACAUUCAGGAUCUACUUAGUUGUAUGAAAUAAAGAGGCGCAGAAGCCCCAGAAGCAAAUUAUUCUGAUUCUGUGGGUAAAUUGUGCAACUUCUCCAACACCCAAGAAAUCCUCACAUUGGAAAGAAGAAUCUGCACCGACUCGGCUUUAGCGCAAUGAUCAUUCCAAACUCCCACAAGGAACUUCCCUCAGCGACAACGUUUUAUGACUGUCGAGAAUGCGGGAAAAGAUACACGAAAAGAAACAAUCUUUAUAUUCAUCAGAGAGUUCACGUCAAGGAGAAACCAUUCCCAUGCACAGAAUGUGGGAAAGGAUUCUCCCAUAAAAGCCAACUUAUUAUUCAUCAGAGAGUCCACACUGGGGAGAAACCAUUCAUAUGCUCAGAAUGUGGGAAAGGAUUCUCGAAAAACUAUGGGCUGAUUCUUCAUCUUCGAGUUCACACCGGGGAGAAACCAUUCGUGUGCACAGAAUGUGGCCAAAGAUUCUCAAAAAACAAUGUUCUUAUUAUGCAUCAGCGAGUUCACACCGGGGAGAAACCAUUCACGUGCACAGAAUGUGGGAAAAGAUUCUCACAAAAAAGGCAACUUAAUCUUCAUCUUCGAGUUCACACUGGGGAGAAACCAUUCGUGUGCACAGAAUGUGGCAAAAGAUUCUCCAAAAACGAUGUGCUUCUUAUACAUCUUCGAGUUCACACUGGGGAGAAACCAUUCAGGUGCGCAGACUGUGGAAGAUGUUUCUCUGUUUCCUCCUCUCUAAAAUAUCACCAGAGAAUUUGCACAGGGAAGAAACCGUUGACCAGCACAGAAUGUGGAGAAAGCUUCAAGCUGAACUUAAACCCGAUAAUUCACGCAGAAGAGAGUCAAUCGUGUGCAGAAUGUGGCAAAUGCUUCUCUUCAAAUUACCACCUUUCCCUACACAUGAGAGUCCACACCGGGGAGAAACCAUUUUCUUGUGCAGAAUGUGAUAAAGGUUUCUCUUGUAAGAUGAGUCUUACCAGACAUCGCAGAAUUCACACCGGGGAGAAACCAUUCACUUGUACUGAAUGUGGCAAAAACUUCUCUACUAAUUACAACCUUUCCCUACACAUGAGAGUCCACACCGGGGAGAAACCAUUUUCUUGUGCAGAAUGUGAUAAAAGUUUCUCUUAUAAGACCAGUCUUAACCGCCAUCGUAGAAUUCACACCGGGGAGAAACCAUUCGCUUGUACAGAAUGAGGGAUACAAUUAUCUUCUGAGGUCCAACUUAUCCAUCACCAGAAAACCCACAAAGUAUCGGAACAUUUCCCAUGCACGGAAGUUUUGUCUUCAGAAAGAUUCCUUCUCAAGCACCGGAGAAGUUACACAAAGGAGCAAACUCUACAGAAUGGGGAGAAAAAAUCCCACACAACCUGCACCUUCAAGAAGACCUAAAUGUUGGGACGUCCCUGACCAAAAACCAGGAAGUCCCGGACAUCAAGGAGCAGAAUUUCUAAUUUAUGUGUUUUUUAUUUAUUUUUUACUCCUAAUAAAUUCGCAUGUACUCAAAA